AUGCGAAUUCGAAGUGUUUUACUUGUUACAAUAGCUCUAUCUUUGGGCAUAGCUGCUUUAAUUCUUCAUUUAUUAGCUAUGUGUUCACCUCAUUGGAAAGUAACAAAACGAGACGUUCCACCAAAAAUGGCACCCGUUAGUUAUGGUUUAUGGCAACGAUGUGAAUAUUCAGAUAUUCCACUAACGAAACAAGGAAUUUCAAUUGGUACUCGACCAAAUGUUCAAAUAUGUUGGCCAAAUCGUUAUAUGAGAUAUUCACCGGAUAAAUUUGACAUAUGUUAUCAUCAACGUCGAGACUGUCCAGUUAGUGAAACAAAAAAUUUAUCUGAAGGAUGUUCAUGCCAUUAUUUACCGUCAACUAAAGGUUUACAAUGGUUAACAAUUUUAGCAGCUAUUUUUCUUAUUCUUGGUUUACUUUUACUUUAUUUAAAAACUAUAGCAUCACCACAAAAUGAUAGUGCACUUCUUGUACUUAGUUAUGGACCAUUUAUAUGUUUUCUAUUAACAUUAAUUUUAAUGAUAACUGGUUUAAUUCUUGUUGGUGCAUAUCUUCGACGAGAUACAUAUGAAGAUUAUUCAUUUCCAUUAGAAAGUAUAACAAAUGAUAGUCGAGCAUUACAAAAUUUUGAUUUACAUAGUCUUCGUAAUUAUGCUAAACAUCAUGAAACAACAGUUAGUCAUGAUCUUUAUCUUAAAGCUGAAAAUGAAUUAAUUAAUGAUGCAAAUACACAUUUUCAUACAACAAUUGGAUGGGCAACUGGUUAUGAAAUAAUUGCAUCGGUAUUAAUUUUUUUUAUUACAAUAUUGUCAUUUUGGCUUGCUAUAACAUCAAGAUCAGAAGAUAUUUAA